ACGAUGGUCCCGCCCACGUUAGCGCCGGCAGACAGUGCGCCCUCUGGUGGCAUUCCCGUAACAGUGAGUAGGGCAAGAGCUGGGACGCCCCGUGGCUGCGCCAGAGCUGGUCCUCCUAGCCGCCGGUGUGUGAUUCUGCGCACAUUCACACCCGUAGCCCUGUCAUUCUGUACAGUGAGCAGUCGGGAGUGAAUCCGGCGGAGCGCAGAGCCCGACUCCAGCAUGGCUUCGGGAGACCUAUACGAGGUUGAAAGAAUUGUUGACAAAAGAAAGAAUAAAAAAGGGAAGUGGGACUACUUAAUUCGCUGGAAAGGAUAUGGCAGUAAUGAAGACACGUGGGAGCCAGAGCAUCACCUUCAACACUGUGAGGAAUUCAUUGAUGAUUUUAAUGGACUCCGUGUAUCCAGAUCAAAAAAGACUAAAGGUGGAAAACCAUCAAUUGUUGCAAAGCUUUUAGGAGGAUCUUCUUUACAGAAAAUGGCUCUGAUUUCGCCAGAGAACAUGCAGUCAAAAGGUACAUCUCAGAAACGUAGGCGAAUACACUCCUUUUCAAAGCAGAAGAAAGUGUGCACAGCUAAAUAUUCUCAUGGGGACAAUGCUACAAAGACAGUUACUUAUAGAACUACUCCCAGAGGACUGCAAAUAAUGCCACUGAAAAAAACUCUAGAGAAUGGAGAUUCUGACAAUCCCAAUGAAUCAAAGCAAUUUGAGAACACCUCUGAGCCCUGCCAAACUGACAUUAAUGGUGACAAACGAAAGGAAGACGUGACACAUGGUUUAGAAGCACAUAGUUCACCUAUUGUAAACGAGAUAGGAGAAAGCUUGACAAAUGGUGAAUUGAAUCCCCACAGCCAAGUUAAGAAAAAGCUAGAUGUGGAAAAAGACUGUGUGUUUGAUAAAAGAUUAAGAUACAGUGUCCGCCAGAAUGAAAGCAACUGUCGCUUCCGGGACAUUGUGGUGAGGAAAGAAGAUGGUUUUACGCACAUUCUUUUGUCCAGUCAAACAUCAGACAACAAUGCAUUAACACCUGAUAUCAUGAAGGAAAUCCAAAGGGCUCUGUGCAAUGCUUCAUCAGAUGACAGCAAGCUAUUGCUACUUAGCGCUGUCGGCACUGUAUUCUGUAGUGGAUUAGAUUAUUCAUAUCUUAUCGGAAGAUUAUCUGCAGACAGGAGAAAAGAGAGCUCAAGAAUUGCAGAGGCUAUAAGGGACUUUGUCAAGGCCUUUAUCCAGUUCAAGAAGCCCAUUGUGGUUGCUAUCAAUGGUCCUGCACUUGGCCUAGGGGCAUCUAUUUUACCGCUAUGUGAUAUUGUUUGGGCGAGUGAGAAAGCCUGGUUUCAAACACCAUAUGCCACCAUCCGCUUGACCCCUGCUGGCUGUUCAUCAUACACAUAUCCUCAGAUUCUAGGUGUCGCUCUGGCAAAUGAAAUGUUAUUUUGUGGACGGAAGCUCACUGCACAAGAAGCCUGCAGCAGAGGACUUGUGUCGCAGGUGUUUUGGCCCACAACUUUUAGUCAAGAGGUGAUGUUGCGGGUCAAAGAAAUGGCUGCAUGCAGUGGGGUGGUUCUAGAAGAAUCUAAAUGCCUAGUCAGAAGUUUUCUGAAGUCUGUAUUGGAAGAUGUUAAUGAGCGAGAGUGCCAGAUGCUCAAGCAGCUAUGGAGCUCACCCAAAGGCCUAGACUCCUUAUUCAGCUACCUUCAAGACAAGAUUUACGAAGUCUGAUUAUGUUCUGUUAAUACUGUGGUUUCAAUUCUACCUUCAAAUCUCUGGCUACCUUGAUAGUUGUUUGGGACAGGACAGUGUCUUUAUAUGCCCAAAAAUAUGCAAUGAGGUAUUCCACAGACUUGUUAUUACUGCUUCCAAUUAGUUUUUUUAUGAUGAAACGCUGGUAUAGGCUAUAUAAUGUACUAUGUACUGACUUCUGUAACUUUCAUUCUUACAUUCCAUUUGAUAGAAAGCACUUUGACAAUUUCUUAUAUAUUUGCCAUGUAUACCAAAUCAUUUAACUUGGUCUAAGAAGACUGCAUUGCUAAUGAUGCAGUUCCAGCUCGAAAUCCAUUCGAAGUAAUAAUGUGAGAACUGCACUUUGUUUCUAUUUUUUUUAAUUAUUGCUUUGUGUCUUGUACUAAAGUGGUUUGUGUAUAUACUAUGUUGAUAUUCUUCAUGGAGAAACCAAACAGGUGUUUUGACGUUAUUUUUCUGUAAAUAAGCUAUGCCAACUAAUUUAUUUCAGUUUUGUACUGAGCAUUUGGAGAAAAUGGUUGGUGGUCUUAUGUACGUCAAUCAUAGACUACAAACAUCUCUUGGAUGCAUUGUUGUGCAUUGUUAUUUUUUUGAAAUGCAGGAAUUGAGGACACGUGCGCCUUCUAAAUGUGAAAGCAAUACCUAGCCUGAAAAAUGCUGAUGUCCAAAAUCAAGAAUUACCUUUUAUGCAAGGGGAAAACUUGAAUUUGGCAUUUUGGAACCUGUUUUUUCUCAGAUUUUGAGAAAUAGUUAUUUUUGCAAUGUGAAAGGGAUCAGAUAAUCAAAAAAGGACAAUUUUGAUAUGAAGUACUUAAAAUGAUAAGCAUGCUGCAGUGAUUUAUCUGUUUUUUGUUUUUUUUUUUAUUCCAAAUUAUUUUAUUUCAGAGUCUCCUGAUAUUGUAGCAGAGUAGGUAAUAUCCAACUGGGGUUUUGCAGUGGUUUCAUUCAAAAUGAUAUAAUAGUGUUUGUGUUAGCCUGAUCUGUAGCUAAUAGCAACUGAAUGAAUUCAAGGCACAAAACAUUGCCUUUAACAUUGCAUUUAGCAUUUCAGAUAAAAAAUCAAACUAAUGAAAUGGCUUUUGGUCUAUGUCUCUGUAGUGGGGAUUUUAUAUUACCAUUAUGAUUUUGGUAAAUGCAUUUAUUUCCCAUAUUGUGUUAUGGCUCUCUAAUUCCAUAUUUGCUAUUUGUUUAUGUUUACCUGUACUUCUUAGCAAUGUGGGGUAAGCAGUUACGGACAUCAGCUACAUAAUGUACUAGUAAGGCAUCUAACAUAAUGAGUGCUGUACAACAGCAGUUAACCCUCCUGAAAUAGACUGUUGCUGCUGACUGUAGCUGAUAAUGGUGAAUUCUCUUCUUGGGGUACAAACUGGCAUAUACCAGGCUGCCUGUCAGCAAUAGUGUUUGCUGUACUUGCCAAGUGGUGAUGGGUGAUUUCAGGAGGUUUAACCUCUGGGAACAAUGGCAGUCAAUACACCAAUGUACUGUGGGGCUAUGUGGAUGGUGUAGCAGCCUUCUUUGUUUAUAAAAUGUUAAAUUUAUGUUCUGGAAUUGCCCCGUUAUAACAGCACCUUGACUAGAAUACAAUACAAACCUUGAAAUGUGUCAAAAAUAUAAGCCUUGAAAUGGUUCAUAAACAA